UUUCUGUGUUAUGAAUCCCAUCAUUUUAGCGUGUCUCCUUACCUUCAGUAGUUGUUGGAUACACGUGGUCAAGGGAGGAAAACCAGGAGACGCGGACAAGAUCUUAUAUUUACCAGGACUUGAUCUACCACAAAAUUUCACACAAUAUUCAGGAUACCUUAAUGGUGUUACUGACAAAAUCCAAAUUCAUUAUUGGCUUGUUGAAGCUGCGACGAAACCAGAGUCUGCACCUCUGAUAUUAUGGUUGAACGGUGGCCCUGGGUGCUCAUCAUUAGAAGGCCUACUUUCUGAAAAUGGUCCAUAUAUGCUUACAAAGGGACGUAGUCUUCUAAAUAAUAAUCCAUACUCUUGGAAUAAACUUGCUAACGUGCUUUACUUGGAGUCUCCAGCUGGUGUAGGAUUCUCUUAUUCUCUUGAUGGUAAUGUUACCACUGAUGAUGAUCAGACGGCAUUAAAUAAUCAUCAUGCCCUACUUCAUUUCUUAGACAAGUUUCCAGAAUACGAAGGUCGUAAACUGUAUGUCACUGGUGAGAGUUAUGGUGGUGUUUAUGUGCCUACACUGGCAUUACUGCUUAAAGAUUCACCGAGAUUUAAACUCGCGCUUACAAAGGGACCUAGUCUUGUAAAUAAUCCAUACUCUUGGAAUAAGCUCGGUAAUGUGCUUUACUUGGAGUCUCCAGCUGGUGUAGGAUUCUCUUAUUCUCUUGAUGGUAAUGUUACGACUGAUGAUGAUCAGACGGCGUUAAAUAAUCACCAUGCACUGCUUCAUUUCUUAGACAAGUUUCCAGAAUAUGAAGGUCGUAAAUUGUAUGUCACUGGUGAGAGUUAUGGUGGUGUUUAUGUGCCUACACUGGCACUACUGCUUAAAGAUUCACCGAGAUUUAAACUUACGGGUAUUGCGGUUGGUAAUGGAUUGACGAGCCAUACAUUGAAUGAUAACUCAAUUUUAUAUUUUAUCAGAUAUCAUGGUCUUAUCGAUGAAAGUUCAUGGAAUGAUCUACUCGCUAAAUGUUGUAGUGACCAAUGCUCAACCUGGUGUGCAUUCACUGACAAUAAAACUAGAGAAUGUCAACGUAUUAUCAGCCAAUUGAUGGAACAGGCCUUCAAAGGCAUAAACAUAUAUAAUUUAUAUUCUGAAUGUGCUGGUGGUGUAAAUACAUUAUUUCAAGAAAGUAUGCCAAUGUCGACUGCUGAAAUAUCCUCCACUCUACAGUCGUCGAAAACGUAUCUCCAUCAUAAUUUUGGUAGUAUGUUUCGUGAUAAUGUUUAUACGAGAUAUCAUCAUUAUGCAGGUUCUGCAAUGCCAUGUAUAGACGAUACAAUAAUGCAUAGUUAUUUAAAUUCACCUGCUAUCCGUCAACUUAUCAAUGUAAAACCAGAUAUACCAAAGGAGUGGGAUGUAUGCAAUUAUGAAGUUGGACGUAAUUAUAUUCGUACUUAUGACGACCUAUCUGAACAGUAUAUGCAACUGCUUCAAUCCAAUGUCGCGUUAAAUAAUAAGGACGGCGAGUUAAUCGGCUUUGAAAGUUACUUAUUUGAAGGUGUUUAA